GUGCGUGAAAGGGCGAUGAUGAAUGCGCUAUAGGUUGUAAUAGGCCUGAUGCAGAACUGCAGUGGUCGAGAUGUAGCGUGUGAAUGUGAAUGGUCCUGAUGAGAGAGCUGCGCGCUGCCUGGGAGACUAGAGACGAGUGAUCCGCUCGGUGCGUCAGGACGCACAACAGAUACCCGCAGAUGGCCUGUGCACACUAUCCCACUUCCAACGGGUGAUUUAGAGCUGCUUUUGAUUUUGUGAGUGAGACUACAUCACAUGAAGGUGAAGAGUUUGAGAAAAGGACGCACAUACACAGCAGAGAAUCAUCCAAGAAGAUUUGUGUUACGCAGACGGUUUUGCAAACGGUGGCACAUUCGCUCACCGACGGACGACUACACAACUUGAGCUUCAUAUUCAACCUCUCCAGCUUUGACAUUCACAGCUUAACGUUGUCGCAUGUUAUCGCAGUUGUUCAGCAGGACAAUGAUGUCGUCGCUGUUAUUUAUUUUGAUGCCCACACGGGCGCAUUUUCGUGAGAAUCUGCUCUGUCCGUGAGGAUUUCUCUCCAUCACUGUCUCUCUCUGCCUUUUUAUCACAUUGUUUUUUUGUUUUUUUUUAAAUCGGGUGGAUUUUUUUUUUCUCGUCGGUUUGUCUUUAAGAUAGCAGGCUAUUAAUUUUUAAUUCUUAUGCAUCCGCACGAAGACGGGACCAGAGAGGAGAAAACGAGUGAUAACCAGAGAGGAGGAGAGGAGGAGGAGGAGAAGUGAGGAGGCAAGAAUGAAUGAGACACACUGAGCAACCAAGGAGAUUGGGAGGAAUCAAGGAUCACCCUCCGGGAGGGUGUAAGCUGAGGAGGUGCCGCCCCGCUCACCUGUGCCUGCUGCUGACCGCCUCUACGCUUUAGCGCCGCCCCCUCGCCCUGCCUCCCCCCCCACCCCCGCUGGUCAGCCUCCAACAUGGCUCUAGCAGUCUGGAUCAUCAUCACCUGCGCUGUGGCUUUCAGCAACGUUGCUCCGUCUGCACCAGCUCUGAGCCGGUCAAUGAUGCCCUUCGGCUUGAUGCGUCGGGAGCUGGCGUGCGAGGGCUACCCGAUCGAGCUGCGCUGCCCUGGGAGCGACGUCAUCAUGAUUGAGACGGCCAACUACGGCCGCACCGAUGACAAGAUCUGCGACGCCGACCCCUUCCAGAUGGAGAACGUGCAGUGCUACCUGCCCGACGCCUUCAAGAUAAUGUCACAGAGGUGUAACAACCGCACCCAGUGUGUGGUGGUGGCGGGGUCGGACGUGUUCCCAGACCCCUGCCCGGGGACCUACAAGUACCUGGAGAUCCAGUACGAGUGUGUCCCCUACAUCUUUGUGUGUCCGGGGACACUGCUGCGGGUUCAGGCGGCCAGCUCUCUGCAGGAGGCGGAGCACCAGGCAGGGGCGUGGUGUAAGGACCCGCUGCAGUCUGGGGACCGGCUGUACGUCAUGCCCUGGACCCCCUAUCGCACCGACAUGCUGUACGAGUAUGCCUCCUGGGAAGACUUCAAACAGAACCGAGCCACCACCACCUACAAGUUGCCCAACAGAGUUGACGGCACGGGGUUCGUAGUGUAUGACGGCGCGGUGUUUUACAACAAAGAGCGCACGCGAAACAUCGUCAAGUACGACCUGCGGACGCGCAUCAAGAGCGGCGAGGCCAUCAUCACAAACGCCAACUACCACGACACCUCCCCCUACCGCUGGGGAGGGAAGUCGGACAUUGACCUGGCUGUGGACGAGAACGGCCUCUGGGUGAUCUACGCCACCGAGUCCAACAACGGACGACUGGUAGUGAGCCAGGUGAAUCCUUACACCCUGCGCUUUGAAGGUACCUGGGAGACCAGCUUUGACAAGAGGAUGGCAUCCAACGCCUUUAUGGCGUGCGGUGUGCUCUACGCGGUGCGGUCUGUCUACCAGGACGAUGACAGCGAAGCAGGCGGCGACCUGGUGAUGUACGCCUACAAUACGAACCGAGCCCGCGAGGAGCCUGUCAACAUCGCUUUCCCCAACCCCUACCAGUAUAUUUCCUCUGUGGACUACAACCCUCGAGACAACCAGCUUUAUGUCUGGAACAACUACAAUGUGCUGCGCUACCCGCUGGAGUUUGGACCACCAGACCCCACCACGGGCCCUCUGACCACCACUCAAUUGACCACCACCCCGGCAGUUAGGCCCUUCACGUCCAGCGCCAGCCCCUCUACCGCCCGUCCUGUGGCCCCCACCUCGCGCCCAAUCGGCUCCAUCAACAAGCAACCUGAUCUUCGCCCAAUCACAGCUACUGUGCCCGUCACCCGCCGGCCAUCCCGCCCCUCUCCUGAAGGCCCGGAGGCCCCUGUCUGUGAGGCCAAGAUGGUCCGCGGUGUCCCGUGGCCCGCCACGCAGCGAGGAGAAACAGUGGACCGCCCAUGUCCCAAAGGAUCUCUAGGCAUCGCUUCGUUCCAGUGCUUGGAGGAGCAGGUCAUGUGGAACCCGCGGGGUCCUGACCUGAGUAACUGCACCUCCCCGUGGGUCAACCAGGUGGCCCAGAAGAUAAAGAGCGGCGAGAAUGCGGCCAACAUAGCUGGAGAGCUGGUGAACCACACCCGGGGUCGGAUCCAAGCCGGAGACGUCAGCUCGUCCGUGCGACUCAUCGAGCAACUGCUGGACAUACUGGACGCCCAGCUUCAAGCUCUGAGGCCCGGAAACAAGGAGUCAGCUGCACGAAACUACAACAAGCUCCAGAAGCGAGAGCGGACCUGUCGGGCCUACAUCCAGGCGGUGGUGCAGACGGUGGACAACUUGCUGCGUCCCGAGGCCCUGGAGUCGUGGCAGGACAUGAACAGCACAGAGCAGGCCCACACCGCCACCAUGCUACUGGAUGUCGUGGAAAAAGGAGCUUUCCUGCUGGCCAACAACAUGUACGGGAUUCGCUUUACUGACCGAGCGCCCAGCAUUGAUCUGGAGGUGCACGUUCUAAACACAGAGAUGGACCAGCAGGACUUGUCCUUCCCACAGAAUUACGCCAGCGACAGCACCAUCCAGCUCUCAGCCUCCACUAUCAAGCAGUACAGUCGCAACGGACAAGUCAAGGUGGUGUUCAUUCUAUAUAAAAACUUGGGCUCCUUCCUGUCCACUGAGAACGCCACUGUGAAGAUGGAGGCGGACGGGCCGGGCCACGAUAAGCGGCUCCUGGCGGUCAACUCCCAUGUAAUCGCUGCCUCCAUCAACAAAGAGUCCAGCAGAGUGUUUCUCAUUGAGCCGGUGGUCUUCACACUCAAACACCUACAGCUGGAGAAUUAUUACACUCCAAAUUGCUCCUUCUGGAACUACUCGGAGCGCUCCAUGACGGGCCAGUGGUCGUCCCAGGGCUGCAAGCUGCUGGACACCAACAGCACGCACACCACCUGCUCCUGCAGCCACCUCACCAACUUCGCCGUGCUCAUGGCUCACAACGAGCCCGAUUACCAGGGGCGAAUGCAUGAACUGAUCCUGUUUGUGAUCACCUGGGUGGGCAUUGUCAUCUCCCUAGUGUGUCUAGCCAUCUGCAUCUCCACUUUCUGCUUCCUGCGGGGCCUGCAGACCGACCGCAACACCAUCCACAAGAAUCUCUGCAUCAAUCUCUUCAUCGCCGAGCUGCUCUUCCUCAUCGGCAUCGACAAGACAGAAUACCAUAUUGCCUGUCCCAUCUUUGCUGGCCUUCUGCAUUUCUUCUUCUUGGCUGCCUUCUCCUGGAUGUGUCUGGAGGGUGUGCAACUCUAUCUCAUGCUGGUGGAGGUCUUUGAGAGCGAGUACUCCCGCAAAAAGUACUACUAUCUGUGCGGUUACUGCUUCCCCGCACUGGUGGUGGGCAUCUCGGCGGCCGUAGACUACAGGAGCUAUGGGACCAAGAAAGCAUGCUGGCUGCGAGUGGAUAACUACUUCAUCUGGAGCUUCAUUGGACCCGUUUCAUUCGUUAUUAUGCUCAACCUCAUUUUUCUCAUGAUCACUUUACACAAAAUGAUCCGCAACUCCUCAGCACUCAAACCUGACUCCAGCCGCCUGGAUAACAUUAAAUCAUGGGCUCUGGGGGCCAUCGCUCUGCUCUUCCUGCUGGGGAUGACGUGGGCCUUUGGCCUCCUCUUUAUCAAUGAGAACACGGUCAUCAUGGCCUACCUCUUCACCACCUUCAACGCCUUCCAGGGCAUGUUCAUCUUCAUCUUCCACUGCGCUCUGCAGAAGAAGGUCCAUAAGGAGUACAGUAAGUGUCUGCGUCACUCCUACUGCUGCAGCCGCACCUCCACCACCAGCUCCCACGGCUCCCUGAAGAACUCGGGCCUGCGUGCCAACAACCGCUACUACAGCGGCAGCCAAGCUCGCCACGCAGCGGCCCACCGACAGAGUCGAAUCCGCAGGAUGUGGAACGACACGGUUCGAAAGCAGACGGAAUCUUCUUUCAUGGCGGGGGAUAUCAAUAGCACCCCGACACUCAACCGCGCGACCAUGGGCAACCACCUUUUGACGAACCCGGUGUUACAGACUCGAACUGGUACCUCUCCUUACAACACUCUGCUGGCUGAGAGCUUCACCCCGCCCUCACCAGGCGUCUUCAACUCCACCGGAACCUUUCGUGAUCCAAAGAGCACGCUAUCAAAGGCCCGCGACCCCUGUGGGAUGGAAACCCUGCCCUUGAAUGGUAACUUCAACAACAGCUACUCCCUGCGCAGUGGCCCAGGGGGCGUAGGCGGGGGCAGCUGUGACUUCCUUGGCAGCGGGGGAGGAGACAGUCCCCCGCCCCUCCUCAAUCCCCGCGGCUCAGAGGCGCUGGGAGGCGGAGGCAUCCGACGAAACCUGUCCGACGCCGCCGCCUUCGAGAAAAUGAUCAUCUCUGAGCUUGUGCACAACAACCUGAGAGGUGGCGUUGGAGUUGGAGGAGGGAGUGGAGGAGGAGGAGGAGACGUAGGGGACAGGGUGUGUGGCAGCCUGGCUAGGGGGCGUCCUCACGGCGGGGUCGGUCGGGGGACGACGGGGCCCGGGCCGGAGCCGUCUCUGAGCAUGGAUGAAGACGAGGACUUUAUGAGGGAGGGGCGGCAGCGCACCCCGCAGGAUGUGGAGCUGCUUUAUAAAGCUCUGGAGGAACCCCUGCUGUUGCAGCGAGCCCAGUCGGUCCUCUACCAAAGCGACCCGGAGGAGUCAGAGAGCUACACGGCCGACCUCACCGAGAGCCUGGGUCACAGCGGCCACAGUGGCCAGAGCGCCGGUGGGCAGGCAGGCGGCAGAGCGCCAGACUCCCCUGCCCGCGACUCCCUGUACACCAGCAUCACCAACCUGCGAGACUCACCCUACCCCGACAGCAGCCCCGAGCCCCUGGAGGUCGUCCCCCGUUCGGCCCAGCCCCCCGAGGAGCUGUACUACAGCUCCGGGAGGCCCGCCCUGGGUUCCCGUGGGGCCCCCAUGCAGACCUUCUACCAGGCCCACCCCCGGAGACCGAGCGGGGAGGGACACCAGGCCCAGGAGCCUGCCCACAGUGAGGGAGACGGACAGAUGCAGCUGGUCACCAGCCUGUGACUGGAGCCCGAAGGAGGAAGUUGGAGACUAAUGUGACGGCCAAAGCCGCCUCCUAGCCCGCCUCGUUCUCGCGUCUCUCCACGUUCUGCUUGUUUGGUUGCCUUUCUUUCUCUUGACUUUUAUUUCGCUAACAGACGAGCAAACAGAGUGACCUUCGGGGGGAGUCGCGGCUGCAGAAUCAGCCUUUAAUUUUAACCCUCUUACGGAGACGUGUGAUGGGUGUUUUUUCCCCCAGUCCCCCUUGGUACCCCCAAGGCCAAGUCCAGCACUCUGAAUGUACCGAUCCACCCCCCCUUUACCUUCAGAUAUUUCAAAACUUUAAAACUUUGUUAAAGUUUUUUUUAUGUAAUUUCUCUUCAGACCUGCCUCCGGAGAUGGGAAUAUCAUUUUAUAUUUUAUCUCAUUUCCCUUUCGUACCAUCCAUAGGUCCUUUUUGAGUCAUCAUUUGAUAGGAGUAGUUAGCUGUGGAGACGGGGAAUAUAGUACACUAUUAUAACCUAAAAAAAUGUCUCACAGAAUGCUCUUCAUUGUUGCCAAAAAUAUCUUUUAUUGAGCCAGGACAGAAACUAGAACAUUCACAACACACACACACACACACACACACACACACACACGCACACACACACACAUACGCUCACUCAUCCAGAAGUGCUCAUUACUGAACAUCAAAAGUGAAAACAGUACUCCAUCUAAGUAAAAGGGAACAAGAGCUUUUGUUCCGAGCAGGCAGUGGGAGCUGAUUCAGAGUAGUUGCCUUCAUUUUCUCUUGCUGUGAAUCGACGACUAUGUACAGAAGUGGAGUAGAAGCAGAGACGGAGACUGAGGAGGCGCCGCACGACCUGCAUCCACAAGACUGGCUCCACUCCUCUCUCUGGUUGUUUGCUUCAGGCAUUUGAAAAGUUAAACGACUGCCUUGCUAUUGUUUUGAAGAGAGUAUUCAAUUUGUUGACUUUGGGUCUGCAUCCUCCGGGGGGGCUGCGAGAGCGGACUGGUGUCGCCCCCUCCUCCCCCCCCUCCUUGUACUUUGCUGUUAGAGCCUAGCCAGUUGACUUGUUUCCUGUGUGUGCUUGUGACAAGCAAGACUGUAAACGCCGCAACUGGUCGACCAAUUGGUAUAAGCGUGUACAUAGGAACCACACAUGAAUCUACUUUAUUCCUACUAUGUAAAUAAAGACACCAGAUGAUCAAAAGCAACAAAAAGUAACUAUGAAAAAUGACUUCUUGUACUGCAACAAACCAACGAAAGAAAAAAAUAAAAAUGUUUUGGAGUUUGUGAACUGAA